GCCGGUGUGAGUUCGUACGACAUGACACAGUGCUUUUUACUCUUACGCGAUGGAUAUUUUGCGUGUAGUUUGGUCAGAUGGACUCAGAGUGACGCUGUUGGUCAGGCUAAAGAUGUGGUACCUCCCCUACUGCAUUUAGUGUCUCGUGGCGAGAAAAAGGCACAUUCAUUCACAGUCGACUCUGCAGACAACAGAGCAAAGGAGAUGGUUUAUUUUUUGUCUAAUUUUCGAGGAAAUUAUUAACAUUCGAACGUCGCAAAACUUGGAAUAAUAAUCGGGCAAUCACGAGGAUUAAUCUGACAAUCACACCGAUCUGUUCUUGGAUGUCUGCUUUUGUUGUUUCGGGGAAAUGUCGAGUGAAACAAUGGCACGGCAAGUACUCUGGUUUAUGUCGCUGUUGUCCUUUAGCUUAGUCCAUGCCCAGGUCAGCUACACAAUACCCGAAGAGAUGGCUAAAGGAUCUUUAGUCGGUAAUGUAGCGAUGGAUUUAGGGCUAGACGUGAAACGACUGGUAUCUGGCAAAGCUCGUAUUUUCACCGGAGAUGGCGUCGAAUAUAUUGAGCUGAUCAAAGAAAGAGGAGUCCUGCUUAUCAAAGACAGAAUAGACAGAGAGGCAUUAUGCGGGAAGACGACGCCCUGCGCUCUGCAUUUCCAAAUUAUUCUGGAAAACCCCAUUGAAUUCUUUCGGGUUACUAUUGAAAUCACUGAUAUUAAUGACAAUUCACCUGCUUUCAAAAAAGACGAACUUAAAUUUGAAAUUAGCGAAAUAGCCGCAGUUGGCUCGAAAUUUGUUCUGGAGAGGGCGGUUGACCCUGAUGUUGGAAUAAAUGAUCUCCAAAGCUAUACUCUUAAGCCAACCGAGCAUUUUGUUUUGAAAUUAAAUAGUCAGGCAGACGGAAGUAAAAAGGUAGAGAUGGUUUUGCAAAAACCUCUAGAUCGGGAGAAGCAAGACAUUUUGCCUUUGCUAUUAACGGCUCUAGAUGGCGGCGAUCCGCAAUUGUCAGGCACUGUGCAAAUUCACGUGACGGUGCUGGACGCAAACGACAACAGCCCUGUAUUCACCCAAACUGUAUAUAAAUCCAGCGUAAUAGAGAAUUCACAGAAGGGGACCAUAUUAGCAGUUGUAACAGCCGUGGAUGGGGACAGCGGUGUAAAUGGCUUAGUAACCUAUUCUAUUUCAUGUAGCACAGAGGGGGUGCUUGAGCUGUUUAGUGUCAACGAGCAGACCGGUGAGAUCAGUUUAGUUGGAGGGCUGGACUAUGAAAAAGCAAGACAUUACGAAAUUGACGUGGAAGCAAAAGACCGCGGUGGGCUUUCAGAUUCUAGCAAACUCAUUAUUGAUGUAUUAGAUGUGAAUGAUAACAAGCCAGUAAUUAAUGUCAUGUCGACAUCUAAGUCGGUGGCAGAAAAUUCAUCACCAGGCACCGUGAUUGCGAUAAUGAGUGUACAGGACCCGGAUUCGGAAAGAAAUGGUCAGGUGCAGUGCAGUAUUGAUGACGACAUCCCCUUUACAAUUAAAUCGACUUCGAAUGGAUUUUAUAGUGUCGUCACUGAGAGUGAUUUGGAUCGAGAGACACAGGUUAACAUAACUGUUGUGUGCUCGGACAGCGGAGAUCCACCUCUCUCGAACAGCCUCUCUCUCUCCUUACACGUAUCAGACGUAAAUGAUAACGCACCUGUAUUUGAAAAGAGCGUAUAUGAAGCUUUUGUCAUGGAAAACAAUUCUCCUGGCCUGUCGGUGUUCACAGUGAGAGCGACAGACGCAGACUGGAAACAGAAUGCAAGAAUAUCUUACAUUUUGGAGGAGUCCUCAAUACAUGGCGUACAAGUGUCGUCAUAUGUAUCAGUCAAUGCAGAGAGCGGUGUCAUUCAUGCCGUUCGCUCUCUUGAUUAUGAGCAGAUUAAACACUUUGCAUUUCGCAUAAAAGCUCAGGACGGAGGCUCACCUCCUCUGAGUAGUAAUGUUACUGUUAAAGUAGUGGUGCAGGAUCAAAACGACAAUGCGCCGCAGGUAUUGUACCCAGUACAGACCGGCAGCUCUGCCAUCGCUGAAAUGGUGCCUCGUUCAGCAGACAUAGGCUAUCUUGUCACUAAAGUCGUCGCUGUGGAUGUGGACUCUGGUCAAAACGCCUGGCUAUCCUAUAAGCUUUUAAAGUCACCAGAAAGAGCUUUGUUUGAGAUAGGUGCGCAAAACGGAGAAAUCAGGACCAUUCGGCAAGUGACUGAUAAAGACGUUUUGAAGCAAAAGCUCACAGUUGUUGUGGAGGAUAACGGACAGCCGUCGCGCUCAGCAACCGUGAGUGUGAACGUUGCAGUGGCAGACAGCUUCCCUGAAGCACUAUCGGAAUUCACUGACUUUACGCACGACAAGGAGUACAAUGACAACUUGACAUUUUACCUAGUUUUAGCCCUGGCUGUUGUCUCCUUCCUAUUCAUCGUGUCCAUCAUAGCCAUACUGUCCGUGAAAUGCUACAGAUGGAAACGUGAGAGGAUGUGUUAUAAGUCAAAUGGACAGCUUCCGGUCAUUCCAUAUUACCCACCACUUUACGCGGACGCAGGUGGCACGGGGACAAUGCAGCGCGUUUACAAUUACGAGCUCUACAGAACAACUGAUUCGAGAAAAAGUGAUGUGAAGUACGGAGGCCCUUGUGGUCAGAGCAUUUUGAGUCUGGACACGAGUGGGUCUCAAACGCUUCCUCACAUGCAGAGAGACAGAAUGAGCUGUGAGGACUUAGAGGACCAGGUGAGCAUCAACUUUGUCCUUUGCUGUGUGUUUUAG